AUGGCCAAGACCCCGAGCAAGAAGUCCGCCAAGGCCCCGAAGAAGACGGGCGAGAAGGGCAAGGCCAAGAAGGGCAAGCGCGUGGAAUCGUACUCGACGUACAUCUACAAGGUGCUCAAGCAGGUCCACCCGGAGACCGGUAUCUCCAAGCGUGGCAUGUCGAUCAUGAACUCGUUCAUCAACGACAUCUUCGAGCGCAUUGCGUCCGAAGCCGGCAAGCUCUCGCGCUACAACAAGAAGUCGACCUUGUCGUCGCGUGAGAUCCAGACCGCCGUGCGCCUCAUGCUCCCUGGUGAGCUUGCCAAGCACGCCGUCUCGGAAGGCACGAAGGCCGUGACCAAGUUCACGUCGUCGGCCUAAAUCUGCUGCGCAACCCCGCUUUGUCACAAAGCAACUACAUCUGGUGUUUCUAAACACCACCCAUAGCAACUGGA